AUGAAGAUUCUCUGCCUACACGGCAAAGGUACGAGCGGAAGAAUAUUCAAAUCACAAACUGCCUCUAUGCGGAGGAAGCUAGAGGAGCUCAGCCCGGACACACCAUUUGAAUUCGAUUACGUUGAUGGUCCUGCACCGUCGACUCCGGCCCCAGACACACCGCUUUUUUACGAUCCACCACAUUAUGCAUUCUACGAGGGCACCGAGAUCAAGGCCAUACGCAGGGCACACGAAUGGCUCAGCCAGCUCCUCGGGGUGCGUGGUCCCUAUGACGGCGUGCUGACCUUUAGCCAAGGCGGCGCGCUUGUCUCGAGCUACAUGCUCUACCAGCAGUGGUACGAACCCGAGAAACCUGCGCCCUUCAAGUUUGCUAUGUUCAUGUGCGGCGGCGUGCCCAUCACGGUGCUCAGGGACUUGGGGGUGCCUGUCACCAAGGAGGUGGAGGAGCUAGACCUCGCCACAAAGCGACAGCUGCUGGAAAAGACGACGGCAGAGGUGACGAGGGACAGGUGGCAACUGACCGACUAUGCCAGCGUGGUGCGGCGGGCGCAGUUCAACUCGGACGACUGCUUCGGACUGAAUUUGAACACGAUACCCCAAGAGCUGAAGAUCAGAAUUCCGUCUGUACACGUCUACGGUAGAAAGGAUCCUAGAUUACCGGCCUCGGUACAACUGGCUGGGCUAUGUGAUCCGUAUAUACGGAAGGUUUAUGACCACGGAGGUGGGCAUGAGCUUCCUCGAAGCAAAGAGGUAUCAGAGGACCUAGCACACUUACUUCUAUGGGGUGUACAAAGAGGUUCUUGGCCGGGACAGGAAGCACAUAUUACUUGA